AUGCACAACGCGUCAUUCUCGGAGCUAGGGCCCGCCAACACGUCGUGCUUGGGCCCUGCGCUGGGCUGCCCCAACGCGUCGAGCCCGCCGCCGCCGCCGCUGCCACUGCCGCCGCCGCUGGCGGUGGCAGUGCCCGUCGUCUACGCGGUGAUCUGCGCAGUGGGGCUGGCUGGCAACUCCGCCGUGCUGUACGUGCUGCUGCGGGCGCCCCGCAUGAAGACCGUCACCAACCUGUUUAUCCUCAACCUGGCUAUCGCCGACGAGCUCUUCACGCUUGUGCUGCCCAUCAACAUCGCUGACUUCUUGCUGCAGCAAUGGCCCUUCGGGGAGCUCAUGUGCAAGCUCAUCGUGGCCAUCGACCAGUACAACACGUUCUCCAGCCUUUACUUCCUCACGGUCAUGAGCGCCGACCGCUACCUGGUAGUGCUGGCCACAGCCGAGUCGCGCCGGGUGGCUGGCCGCACGUAUAGCGCCGCACGCGCCGUGAGCCUGGCCGUGUGGGGGCUCGUGACACUGGUCGUGCUGCCCUUCGCGGUCUUCGCCCGGCUCGACGACGAGCAGGGCCGGCGCCAGUGCGUGCUGGUCUUCCCGCAGCCGGAAGCCUUCUGGUGGCGGGCGAGCCGCCUCUACACGCUUGUGCUCGGCUUCGCCAUCCCGGUGUCCACCAUCUGCGUCCUCUACAGCAUCCUGCUGUGCCGGCUGCGCGCCAUACGGCUGGACAGCAACGCCAAGGCUCUGGACCGCGCUAAGAAGCGGGUGACUCUCUUGGUGGUGGCGAUCCUGGCCGUGUGCCUCCUCUGCUGGACGCCCUACCACCUGAGCACCGUGGUGGCGCUCACCACUGACCUCCCGCAAACGCCGCUUGUCAUCGCGCUCUCCUACUUCAUCACCAGCCUGAGCUACGCCAACAGCUGCCUCAACCCCUUUCUCUACGCCUUCCUAGACGACAGCUUCCGCAGGAGCCUCCGCCAGCUGCUGGCCUGCCGCGCUGCCGCCUGA